CAGCAGUAAACAACAUGGCGGAUAAUUUGGAGAUAGAAUGUAGCUCCUUCAAAACCCCUAAGAUUAUCUUAAAGAGUCCUCAGGAUUGCGUUGUGUGAUUUUAAUCUGUUAACGGAUGGGAUCAGGAAGCUCAAAGGGAAGUGCAAAGGUGGUGGAGCUUUAUAACCCGGGAAAUAAUUGUGGCUCCAAACGUAAGAACGUCGAACAGAACGCCACAGAAUCUCAAAAAAUAACCGAUGGCUUUGAUGAAGGGAAGGUUACAUUUACUGCGAAAGCUUCGGCUUAUGAUGCACUGAAAACGAAAGAGCAUUCAUCAGCUGUUGACGAGCCAACAUCAAGCUCAGAUUCUUUGUUAGCUUCCUUCAGUGAACAAUAUCCAGCUAUUGCCCCGACUUUCAGCCUAACAAGGGAAUAUUACCAAGGUUUAAAGGAUGCUUUGGAUGGUAACAAGCUGCUUUCACCCCCAUCACUUGGUUAUGCCAACGGAUUGUUCAGUGUGUACUUGACAUACAAGAAACCGAGCAACAGAUUUGCUCUAACAGAGUUUGUUGUUGCUUUAGGAUUUCCCAAGCUAGCUUAUAAUGUUGUCAUUGAAUGUAGGAAAAAUUACCCGGAACUUACGACGUGGGAUAGAGUUAAACAAAAUGGAAAGGACAACAAAGAUGAAGAGACGGAACAAGAACAGCAAGGGAAUGAUGUAGGACAAAGUACUGCUGUAGAACAAAAACCCAGCAUUACUUCUGAACAAGAUAUGUUAAAUAUUGUGACAGAAGGAAAUGACACAGCACAGGGGACAGCGGGGGAUACUCUUGUACAGGAGAAUAAUGAAAAUGUUGAUGAGAAAGGUGAACAAUCUGUGGUAGAGAAGGAGGAAGAGGAACCUGUAAGCCAGGUAAUUGAUUGGGUCUUCAAAAAAGUUAAGGACUCACAAUGAUGAUUUUUAUAUUCAGUAUGCUAUAGUAAAAUCUCUAUUUCCAGGAUUCACUCUCUUCUAUCAGACUCAGAAAACAGUAUGAACCUGAAAUACUUCAGGAACACUGAUUUUGUAGUGACAGAUAAAAACAUAGCCUGCAUUGCAGACAUAAUCUAACCUCAGUUAGUAACGUCUGCACAGGAGUGCUGAGAUCCUUGUUCUGGGCCCUCAGCAGAUUCAACAAAUUACUGGAAGUACAUUUUGAAUUUCCUUUCAUCUUGAUUGGCAAAUCAACAAUGCAUUUUUAACAGGCCAAUUAUGGCAUGUUCUCAAAUCCUGGUACACAGGCAGGGCCCAGAACAACGAUUUUGGCGCUGUUUUGCAGACAAACUUAACCAGAAUUUAGUUUUGUCUCCGGCACAGGCUAAUAAAAACAAAGAUCCGGAUAAACAAGCAAAUCACUACUCGUCUGCAUUAUAGGCUCCCAGACAGUGCAGAGGAGCUAAAACUUGUCUCUCCCAAGCCUGCUAAUACAGCCAUCUCUCCUCAAUCCUCAUCUGUGCCUCAAUGACAGAAGUGCCAUACUGAUGGCAAAAAUUUAUGUUUACAUCAUUGAAUCUGCUCAUCAUGGAGUUCCAAAUGGAAAUUUGUUAGAUUUUACUUUGUAUGUUUCUCCUGGUCUAUUAUCAUUUUAGUUUUGAGUUCUUCAGUGAAAGAGUCUCAGCACAAAUCAAAUGGUUCUAUACAUGUUUCAUGAAUUGACUCUUUUGCAGUAGAUUAAUCACAUUUUCAUUUGACCUUUGUGACUCUUUGUCUUUUUGUGUCAUUUGUAAAUAAUACCUAAAAGCAUAUACAAUCAUACUGUAAUAAUUAUAAUGAUCUUAACCAAUCAGAGCUCCUGGCCUGGUUGUAGACAGACCUUGCAUCAUCAAUUUGUCUGUUGUUGACGUGUGAAUGUCUCUCCUGUGAAGUGUCCCUAGCUUAGAGGAGCAGGGAGAGAUCAUGUUACAUGGUUGUAUUCACAGGCAAGCCUCUCCUCAGACCCCACAAGGUUUUCCCACCUGUUUUCUCAUUCCUCUUUUUCCAAGGUCUUGGAUCUUUGAACAGGCUACAAAACUACAAAUUGAUUACCCUUGCUUUUUGUGGUGAUUGUUGUCUUUCUUGCAUGAACACAACUGCAUUCCAGAAUAUUUCUGGUUUUCACAGUUUUGUUAGUUUUCACAGUAAGUCAUUUAAUUGUCAUCAGCUCCUUUAGUCUGGCCUGUGGAUCAGUGAUUUACAUGGCAAAGUUAAUUUAUUUUGCUACCUGAGUUGGUUGUGUUCUUUUUAUAGUCAUGCAAGAAAAAUACAUUACAUUUGGCCACAUACGGUAAUUUAUCCUUUAUUUACCAAACCUGUUCAUUCAAGAUGUCUUUAAUAUACACAGUGUAUUGGCUUCCUCCUUUUUGUCAAUGUUCAUGUAAAAUACAGUACAAUAACUUUGACCUCAAGUUUGGGGGAUAAUGCUUUUACUGUAAUAUACUGCAGACACCAACCCUUGGAAAUACGGUGAUCAGUUACACCUUGAACAGCAUGAUACAGUAUAACUGUAUUAGCCGAUCAACAUCAUUUGUGGUUGUGCAGUGAUCAUCUUGAGAAAAUAAUGUUGUUCUGGCUUCAGAGCAGGAGAGCUUUUAUAGAGCAUUAAGGGAGUACUGACUGUGUUUAAUGCAAUAAUCACAAUACCUUGAAUUUUGAUCUUUGACCUGGCUCAGUGAAUAUGCCUUUGUGUCAGGCCUUCUUUUAUCUUGUCCUCUUUUUCCUUUUAAAAUCUCCCCUCCCCUAUGAAUUCCUUAGGUACAGUACUGUAGGCUUGGUACUCAGGUUAGACCAGUUAUUGGCAGGCCUGAGAAGGGAGGGGAGGGGUUGGGAGGCUAUUAGACUUUAUCUACUUUCAUUUUCAACUCUCCAUGCAUGAGAACCAAACAGCAUUACAUUAUCUAAUUCAAGUCUGUUGAAUACCUAGUCUGACAUCUCCCCAAUUGAUGCAUUACAAGGUGGAGACCGCUGACAUUUUAGCCUAUUGGAUAUCAAUUCUUAUUCUUAGGUAUUAUUUAAAUUUAAUAAACAGCUUCUUUCUGCCUUUUUCCUUGUUUCCUUGCAAAUUUUCUAGGAGGAGAAAGAGAAGAUACAUGCCUUGAAGAUGUCACAGGAAAUCAUCUGUAAUCUUCUAAAGGCAGUUUUAAACUUUUCUGACCUUAAUGACAGUUUUUGCUUGGCUUGUAAUGACUCUGGUAUGGUGCCUCUGUUUGUUGACAUGAUUAAGGAACUGAAAGAUGCAAUUCCUGACCAAUUAAAGAAUGUGGUAAGUGUAUCAGUAAUAGAUAUGAUUUUUUCAUAAUUAUGAACUGUGAUAAUUUCAUGUUAUCAACAGCACCAGAUAACAACACCACCUAUUUAAUUGGUUAAUUGGAGUGAAAUUGGUAAGGUUCAGGAAAUUAUUAGAAUUUGGAUCCGGGUAAACCAUUUGAUUACCUAUUAAUAUCAUGGGUGCCAAAUUACACUCAUAAUUGUAAGGUUAAGACUUGUUUGUCAGAUCAAUUGAGAACUCCAUGCACUGAGCUUGAAUUUUGGCUUAAGUUCACAAUUUUCAGAAUUUUUCAACAAAAUGAUGACCACCUCCCAGUUCGCUUGCGAGCUCACUUGGUAAGAUUGCUGUAUCAGUAUCACAGGGGUCAGGGAUCCUGGUAAGCCUGAAUUUUUCAGUUUUUCUUUUCGCAACUGCAAAAAAGGGGCUUCCUUAAGCACAGAGUUCUGCUGUGUGUGAUAUAUUUUUUAUAUUUGUUGUUGCCAGAACUCCAAAACACAGCAACUUUCUAAGUACACAGUGCGAGGUAGAAUGCUUUCUUUGGCCAUGGGUGUCCUUCAUAACCUGUCCAAGCGUGUUCCAACAAGGAAGAGCUUUGCUGAUUGUCAGGCAAUAAAUGUACUCAUUCCACUCCUUAAAGCCGAAGUUAUGAUUUAUAGUGCUAAGAGUUUGCUUGUCCUGGCCUACUUAACUGAUGAAGAUAAUAAUCAUUUGAUAAUGGCAGAUGAAGGUAAUUAUUUUUAACUAUAACUGUACAACUGUGAAUGGUUUAAACCCAUGAGUGGUUUCAUAAGUAGGUGAGUGUAGUCCACUGUAUAGGACGUUUGUUAACAGUAACUGUUAUUUGGAAAACCUGUGACUCUGAGGAUGACUACUGCACAGGUUUUGAAAUGCAGCGUGCAAAGAAAGUAGUGUCCAAUAGCCCAGGGCUAGUGAAUUUUGCUAUCGGGCUAGUGAUGUUUGUUCUUAACUUGCCUGAUGGGCAAGUGCUGUUUUGGGGGAAAUUCAAAUUAGAGAAGAGUAGUAAUCAAUCCUGCUAAUCAAAAAGGGUUUUGGGGCUAGUUGAAAUGACUUGUGGGCUAGUACAUGUUAGCUAGAGCUUGCCCGAAUGGCAGGCUGUAAGACUAACUUUCUUUGCACCUAGGGAACGUCAGUUAAUAUCAAGAACAGUCCUAUUCAGGACUACACUCAUCUGGACGAUCAUGUUCCACUUAAAACUGUUCACCUUGUUCAUGUACAUGUAGCUUCUUACCAAGCCUAAACUCAUCAAUAGAGAUGAGCAUGUAGUGGGGGGAGUUGUGAGAUGGGCAUGGUGUGAGGCCGGUGGAGCCCCGAACUGCAGCCAAGUGCAAUGCAUAACCUUCAGUUGACAACCCUGAGAGUGGAAUCCACCCAAGCACCGUCACACUACUAACCAGUGGAACCUAACAUACUUGCCAUACAUGGGAUGGCUUGGUAGGGAGCAGAGAAACACUUUGUAAGUACGAGAUACAACAGGAAACGACACGCGGACGUACAUUGUAAUUGUCGGAUCUCAAUGGAAAGGUUGUAAAAACACUUGAACCCCUGCGAAGCAAUAAGGGAGCCUCUGAAUAUCUCUACGUGAGAGUACUGACCAGCCAUGUGUCAAGUUGUUAUAAAGGCACCUGUCUCAUUACAAUAAUCUCUUUCUAGACACUGCUAAGUCAUAGAACUGAUUACUUAAAAUUUGUUUCAUGUAACGUUGUAAUCACCCUCGUAGUCAAUGGUAACAAAACAAAACAGAGCCUAUUGAGCCCAUCCUAGUGGAACGGGGCCCAGAGGAGCUCAGCCCAGCCCAAUUCCACUCCUGGACUUAGCUUGUGAUAGACUUUCAGAUAGCGGGCGCGUAGUGAACCAAGCUCGUCCCCAGGGCCUUUCCCCUAGAAAAUGGAAAAAGCCCCGGGGACGAGGUUGAUAGUGAACUGAACAAGCUCAGCGAUGGCCAUCGUAGCAGGCGCUUGGAAGUAUUAAAUAGGCGCAAGAGAGAACGAGGUGCGCGGGGGGUGCGCGCCGCGUUCUUUAUACUUCUGGCAGGCUAGCCAAGUGAAAAUAAAACGUACGUGAUCUGCGGAAGACAGGUAGCUAUUCUAUUUGUUUUUUUCCGACCCGACGGUCCUGCCCCGGAGUCUCCAAAGUUUUCUUUUGUACCGUAUCUUACCCUGUCCUUUUAUUUCAGGUCCUAUCAAGUUUCUGAUUCGAUUGUUGAAAAAGUCACUGGGGAUGGUCAGACACAAAUACUUUGGCUUUUCGUCAGCAGAACUUGCUGACGGACUGACACAAAUAGCUGUCAAUGACAACAACAAGAAAACAGUAUGUCAGGCUUGUUCCUUUUGUACUCUACAGGUUUUAAACUUGAUAUUUCAGUCCACUUCAAAUCUUUGUUGGUAAGAAUUUUUUCUACCAGCAAGAGUUAAUGUACAUUUUAAGGUAGCUAGCCUCUCACCUUGACGUUCUUAGAGCCCUAAGUUCUAAGAACUUCUGCCUGGCAGGCUACAUGUAAAGUAUCGAGUCUCUGCGGUACUUACCAAGGCGAGUCGCGUUUCGCUCGCUUCACUAUCCCUGAGGAAUAAUGCGGGACUACUCGUAGUCUAACUUGAAACUUGCUUUCUUUCUCGUGAACUUUUCAAUUUAAUCUUUUGCGUCAAAAUAAAACAUAUUCUUUUUCUGUUUGUUAAAGGAUAUUCUUUGACGGGAAGUGUACGUUAACCACUCUCAUUUUGCGAAUCUACGAAAAUGAACGUCAAGCAUUGCAUUUUACUCUGAUUUAUUUAAGACUGGGUAUUUUUCGAGAACUUUUUGAAAAGUUAUUCAGUACAGCCUCGUGUAUUUAUAACACUCGUCUGAGAAAUAGACAUUCACUAUUAUGGAUGAAAUAGCAAAUUUAAAAAUUGCUGUCUAGGGACAUGAUUUUAACACGAAGGCGACCAGGUAACUGAUCAUUUGUGAUGUUAUGUUUGUAGAUCGUGCAAUGUGAAGCCAUUCCAGUCCUUGUGACUAUGUUACAAAAAGCGAAAACUGAGGAUGAAAGGCUAAAUGCUUGCAAUACAUUAUGGACAUUAGCGUUUGACGAAGAAAACAAGAAACAAAUUAGAAGUGACGAGAUUGCCAUCGCCGAGCUGCGAAAACUUUUGACAAGCGACAACAGUGAGUUAAAGAGAGCCGCUGCUGGUGCAUUAUGGGAAUGUGAGGGUAAACAGAGGCACACAGAGGAGAAGCAGCAAUUGACUUCUACAGAAGAAGGAGUGCAAAUUCGCUCGGGUAUAUCUUUAUUUAACUUUUUUUUAUAAAAUGGAUUUUAAAAAUGGGUUCUUUGUCCUGCGGAUUUGGGGCAAGUUCGUCAUCACCCGAUAGACAUAAUUUAUAUUAAGUUAAAGACAUGGAUUUCGUUGAACCAAAACGUUCACGUAUAGUGUAUUUACUGCUUCUAAGUCGCUGCGCUCACUGACGUUGUUCCAAACGUUACAGUUUUCUGAUCGGCGCCGACGUCCUUAGGGGUUCGUCCCGCGUUCCUGCCCCACUUGAACGCUUGACGAACCUGGCCUAAGAACGUCGCGUGGGAGGCUAGGGGUUUGACGGCGCUUCUCUUUUGGAUGCAAGACCAAACCGUAUCAGUGCUCAGGCAAGAGAGAUCAGUUAAUGGUAGUAAAGACAUGGAUUUUGUUUAACGAAAACAUUCACGUACAGUCUAUUCACCGCUUCUAAGUCGCUGCGCUCACUGACGUUGUUCGGAACGUUGCAAUUUUCUGAUCCGCCUAAGUUCUUAGGGGUUCGUCUCGUGUUCCUGCCCCACUUGAGCGCGUUACGAACCACUAAGAACGUCGUGUGGGAGGCUAGGCGUUUGACGGCGCUUUUCUUUUGGAUGCAAGACCAAACCGUAUCAGUGCUCAGGCAAGAGAGAUAAGUUCGUUGGAUCGAUUAGGAAUGCUGUGCAUACAAGGAUAACGCAUUUGUUACAUUUAUUACUCCUCGUUUUUUUCUCCAAUAAACGCUUUUAUUGACGUCCUUCAUAUGAACUGGCUCUGUAUGCUUUAACAAGAUUUACUGCAGUAUCCAUGUUAUACUUCGCAGUAUUUUUUCUUUAGACACCAAACAUGUGAUGAUCAGUUAUCAGUGGGACGUCCAAAAAUCCAUGAUUCAUUUGAAAACUCAGCUUCAGGAGCAAGGCUACAAAGUUUGGAUGGACGUUGAUGAGAUGGGAGGCUCUACACUGGAGAGUAUGGCCAGAGCUGUGGAGAAUGCAUCAGUCGUGUUGGUUUGUGUAUCUCAAAAGUACAAAGAGAGUCCCAACUGUAGAUCAGGUAGCAACCUACAUGUGUUCAGUCCCUUACACUCGCUCUCAUCCUUCUCUCUCGCGGCUGACGGCGUUUCUGUUUACUCGCACGUGCUUGCCACGCAGGCUAUAGCUACCUUUCACGUUGUUUGUGACGAUUUUUUCUGGUCAGUCACAUGUUCUAUAUGAUAUACUUUUGGGGUUGAACUAGUGAUGUUUUCCCAACAGAACAGCUUAUUUUCUUAGAAUCGCGAAGCCUUGUGUACAACAUUUCACCCCCUCCUUUUUUCCAAAAAGUGUUCGUUAAGCCUCGUAGUGUUUCGGAUUUAUUUAGCGCAAUUUUCUAAUGAUUUCAGUUAAUUUUGGGUGUUAUUAUGCCAUGUAUGCUAUCGUCUGCUUGAAAUCUUUGCUCUCGAAGUCGAAUUGGGAUUACUUUUAGUUCUACUAAACGCGAGAACCUAAAACUUGAACACGACACAGCGUGUGCCCGGUUAUUCUCUGCUAGCAAUAAACAGAAGCGCAACAGUGAUAGUCUCUGGAACUCUCACUGACAUACUGUUUUUUCCCCUUAACUUUAGAGGCAGAAUAUACCUACCAGCUUCACAAAGACGUUAUUCCACUGAUGAUGGAUUAUAAAUACAAACCCGAUGGUUGGCUCGGCAUCAUAGUGGGAGCUAAAUUCUGGAUUGACUUCACCGAAAAGCAUAAACUGGAUAGUAACAUUCAUGUACUCGUGAGAGAGCUAGGGGUCCGGGGAAAAGUAGAAGCACAGGAGACCCAAAAAGGUAAAAUAAAGGUGCAGCGUUCACUGUAGCUGUCACAGGUUACCUAAGCAUUUGUUGUCGUUGUAUUUCAAGGUUCAAUGUGUGGUAAUGCUGCACAAUAUUUCUGUUUGUUAUGUAUACCAUUGCCAUUAAUAUCAGUAAAGCUUAACAGCAAGCUGAAAUAUUGCAUUUGUUUGUUUUACAAAAUAGCCUUAAUUCUUUAUAUAGUUGCUGAAUUGGACGGAGUAAAAGCUGAUUUACCCGUUUCUUUUAGUCGAUAUUUUCGAAGCGAUUUCUUUUUUCCUAAUCUGCCUCCUUAUUGUUUUGGUCAUUGCCUCCGGCUGUUUAGGAAUUAUUUUUUCACGCUUUGUCGCGUAGCUGUUUAUUGUUGAUUCUGUGUUGAAAUGCAGCCGAGACUUAUGCUGAUGCUUUACCGAAUUUGGUUAAUGCUUCACCGGAUAUUGUUGAUGCUUCACCGCACACUUCCAUCAAAUCUUGGACACAUGAUGACGUAAGAAAAUGGCUUAAGGAAGUGGGUUUAGAAGACCGGUAAGUUUUAUUAGUCGUCCUGUUCGUCAUUUAGCCUCCUCCUUGCCAUUUCAAUCACCAACAAUCAGAUGGUUGACUUUUUUUGCAAACCUAUUAGAAGCUUUUUAUGCGACCACAAACAACUAAACUCCAGGAAAAUUACUCUAGUGAAAUUGCGCACGUUGGCAAAGUCGCUAUGAAGUUUGAAGGGACAAAGCUCACUUUGUUCGUACCUUCUUGGCGUGUUAGCCUCUUAACCUUCCUAAAUAACAAUGCCAGCAACAUGAUUAUCUUCUAGUCCUAUAACGUAUUGGCCUUUCUUUAAAUUUUGACUAGAAUCCAUUUCCGCACCCAACCGCUCCCAACUUCCAAUUUUAUGUCACAGUACAGUUGUACUUGGUGAGCAGUCAAAUAAUUCCGACGCGUUAAUGUGUAAUUUUCUUGUAGGCUUGAUCCCAAGGCUGUAAAGAAACUAGACGGUGGGAUGCUACUGCGGCUGCAAGAUCUUCGUAAGGAGGUAAUAAAAAGUAAUAAACAUGUAUAUAUUUUUUAAACGAACUCCUUUCCAUUUGUUCAUAUUUACCUUGUUGAUGAGCUUAGCCGGCUGUUCAUCAGGGCAGAGGAAUAAUUCUUGGUUUUCUAGUUCUAUCAUUUCAGAUUAUUCGCUGGCCUGAGAAAACAGGCGACAUUUCGCGAAUCCACCAGUGGUUUCCUCGCGAAAUAACAUCUGAGAAACGACUGCAGAUGACGUGUCACUACCCAGAUCUGGUUAGUGCCUCUCAUUGGCCUUGGUGCGAGAGAAAUUUGCCUCAACCAAUCAGAAGCACUACCCAGUUUUGUUUUUUCAUUUUACUUACUCGGCUUUAGACGGCUCGUAUUCGUUAUUAUAUCAUACUCCCGAUGUAUCGUUAUUUGACGAUAUCAUGGCACACUAGCUAGCUAACUAAAUAGGAAUUUUUGACCUCCCUUGCCACUUUGUCAUAUUUUUUAACUUCAAGUGAGUAAUUCCUAACAAAGUUACAGGACAUUGGCGGAAAUGAAUUAAGCACUCAGAGAGACCGCUGUUGAAUACACUGGAACCCCGUUUAAAUGGACACCGAAGAGAUUUCCUCUUGUUUAAGUCAGUAAUACUCCUUUUACUGGGACAAAUUGCUAUAAAGGAAAUAAAACAAUACCUAAGCAGCAAAUCCAAAGCUGUCAUUCCGCGGUCUAUGUCCUGGGAAACACUCAAAAGGCCCUCAUUUAUACAGUCAAAUCCCGUUUUACGGACACGCACUUUGUACGGACACCUCAUUAUUACCGACAGUUUGCUUUGUCCCUGGGGAAAGAAAGCCCUUACGUUGUCUCUAAAGUCAACCCGCUCAAUAUGGACACCCUGUAAAUACAGUCACCUUCUAUGGCCCUCUCAAUGUCUUUAUUACCGGGUUUGACUGUACUUUUUAUCAAAAUCAGUUCUCCGCGUAACUCAUUUUUGUGACAUGCAUCCUCCAAAGACCUAUUACAGCACAAAGGUCAGUCCGUAUUAGCGAGGUGAACUUUCUAUGAGAAUCUGUUGAUUGGAUAAGAGAAAGGUGUCCUCUGUCCGUAAUAAGGAGGUGUUUGUAUUCAGGGGAUGUCUGUAAAGCGGGCUUCGACCGUACAAGAAUAAUGAUUUUAUGAAUUAUUGCGUAUUCAUUGUUUCAGAGCCCAGAAUUCUUCUACUCUUCAGUCGAAAAAUUAAUCAGCAGCAAUUUGGACGGAGCAGAUAGCGUGUUUGAAGUACUUUUAUUCACUGAUGAACUGGAAAAAUUGAGAAAAUAGUUAGAACCUCCCUCCUUGUGAACCACCUAUGAGGAACUGCAGUCCGUAAUGCAAAUAGCUGAGCUUGUAAGCAUGUAUCAGGCCCGGUUCAGAAGCCGCUCCAAUCAUGUGCCGAACCUAACUGAUGAAUUAAGUACGGCAAAAGAGCGGCGUCUGAAUUAAUUUGGAACGGCAGUUUUAGUUUGGUGCGGCAAAAGCCUCAGUUAAGAACUUUUGUCGAACUUAACUUAGGCUCGACACACGUCGCGCCAGUGUCGCUCCAAAGUGGAGUUUAUUCAAUUAGGUUCGGCACUUGAAAAGUACGGCGUUUGAACCAAGCCUCAGUUAACCUGACAAGUGUCAUGUGACCGUAGCUAGAAAACCGGUCUACCCUUUCAAAGAGGUAAUGAGGAGCUAAAGCAACGACUACGGCGACGGCAACGUGAACGGCCAAAAAGCAAUAGGUUUGAUUAGCAAAACGACAACUUUGCACGUGCAUCACGCUCUUUUGUACAUGUCUUACCCUUCGUUGCACGACUACAACGUGAAAGUGCCUAAUUCCACGUUUUGUCAAGGACGGGAACACGAAACAACA